GAAAAAGAAAUCAGAUUGCUGCCUUUGUAACCACCGGUAAUCAUUUUAGUAGCAUGCCAUUGUUCACAUGACGCGUCCUUGUACGCUUAUGGUAGCAACCCUUGCUAACUGGCCUUGCUUUCGGACUCCACUGGCACAAAACUACACGCCCGAGCAGAUAUGAACGCGAACAAAAUGAAGCUAACAAGCAAAAAAAAAACGUCGAGAUCCAAGGGGAGGGGCGAUAUUAACAUAUGGCAAAAACAAACGAUGAUGAUUUCAGAUGCCAACAAGAACACUUCUGGCAAGAAAACAAACCAAAUUAUAGAACAAGUUGCAAGCACGAGCAAAAGUCAAAACAGCCGGCCUAUGCUGUGUCACCCUUCCCAACUCCCAUCCGCCGUCCCCAACACCCACUCACCGGUGUUCACAAGGCCUGAUUUUCGGUUUUACUACUGCCCUCCAGCUUUGAUUUUCUACUGGUCUACUGCCCCGUUCACGUCACCGGUGCGGCCACGGCGAGCACCCACCGCCGGCCUUCCGGUUGAUCCCGGACGCAACGCAGCCUCAGCAGUCCCCCUCCCGGUCUGAUGGUCUCUACCUGCACUGAGUAGUAGCCUCGGAGCCAGAGAGACCUGUGGCUGUGGCAGAUGCGCUCGCCAUGGGCAAGAAAGCCGGUGACCCUGAGCAGGCUGGACACCUCCCGGAUACGUCAACCAGCAGCAACGGCUCCGCGCUUCGCCGAUGCGCCGCUCAAGUGGGCGCGGCGCUCAGCGCAAAGUGCGUCGUCGCGUUGGUCCUCGGCGUCGUCGUCUUCCUCUCGGCCUUCUUCAUGCUCCUUCAUCUCCGAUCACCGGGGAACUGCUUGCCUGAUGACCCCGGCACACUCAUCGAUGAAAUUCAGGCUGGUUUCAUCUUGUUGAGGCCACUCGCGGAACUCGCUCCACAUGCCGCCGAGCUGCAACAAGAGAUCAACCGUCAAAUUGGAGUACCCAACACUAAGGUUUCCGUCUCUAUGCAGGCAUUAUUCAUGAGUUGCACCGUGGUAGAAUUUGAUGUUCUUCCUGACCCAAUAAACACCUUUAUAAGCACACGAUCCAUGCACGCAUUGAGGAAAAACUUGAUCCAGCUUACGCUUCAGCAGCUGAAUUUAUCGCUGACACCGACGGUUUUCGGAGAUCCGUUGUGCGUACAGAUGCUUGGGUUCCCAGGAGGGAUCACGAUAGAACUUGAACCCCUACAACAUAAUUUCAUUCCACAAGUUGCGCGGCCUGUUUUCAAUGUCACGCUUGACAUGAGCAUUCGCCAAUUGAGGGGACUGAUUGACCAAAUGAAGGAGGAUCUUGGGCAUUUACUGGGUGAGGACAUACACAUAGAUCUAACAAAUAAGAAUGGCUCAACGAUUGCCCCACCAGUUAUAGUUCAAGUUUCCCUGUCCCCAGAUGAUCGCGGCAUUUACGAACAAAUAGGGAGGCUGAAACAGCUAGCUGAAAUCAUCACAGAAUCAAGUUCAUGGAACCUUGGCCUAGACACAUCGGUUUUUGGUAGAAUCAAGGAUCUCAAGUUGGCUCCGCGUCUGAAAGCCCUCGUUCCAUCAUUUGCUCCUAGCUCAUCUCCAACGCCAAUGUCAUCCCCUUCCAUGCCUCCAUAUUCACAGCCAAGUACAACCAAUCCUUGUGCACAUUGUUCAUGCCCUGCUUGGAUGAAACUAAAUGCAACCAAUCCACAUCGCAUGUUAAUGCGACUUCCCCCAGUGACAGCCUCUCUUCAAUUACCAACACAGCGUCAUAGCGGGAAUGGGCCUGGGCACAAGCAAAGUGGCAAUGCAAUGGCAGCACCAACCUCCAUUGCGCCAUCAUCCCAACCAUAGUAAUAAGGUACUUGUACAGUCAAGCAAGAUUGAAGUUCCAAUUGGAAUUCUACAAAAGCAGGCCUCUCAGCCUCGAGCAGAUUAGAAUUUGCAUGUUAAAGACUAUUUUGCAGCUUAUAUCACAGUGCAACACUUAGAUAACAUAUCGCGAGUUGCACCAAGGUUGGGAAUUUGGGAUGUAGCAAUUCUAUGCUUAAACUAAUGUCCUAUUUUGUACUCACAUGAAAGCCAGAUAAAUCCCAAGGUCCAUGUAUAGUAGAAUUAGCAGGUUACAGUUACAAAGGUGGCUGGCCAAUGUUCCUAAAGAUAUGUUCUUAGUUGUUUAUCUGCUCAGAUAACCAUUUUUUC